AUGAAGUUCGGUGAGCAGCUGGCAAGUCAUCUGACACCGGAAUGGCGGAAGCAGUACAUCGACUAUGAAGCAUUAAAGAAUUUGCUGUAUGAUAAUAUGCUUGAAGUGCCUUCGGAAGAAGAGCGACGUGAAGAGCACAUCGCGCAGAUGGAUGAGAAGUUCUUUAAUGAGUGCGAGAAAGAACUCACUAAAAUCAACCUCUUUUUCUCCCAGAAAAUAGCCGAAGCACAAGGGAAGUACCAUGAACUUCAGUCUGAGCUGCAGAUGUUCAAGGAAGUUGUGGAACAACGUACUGAACCGAUGACUUUACGGCGAAGAUUUGGACAUCGAGACAAGCUUCACAAGGAAACGAUAAAGACCAGUCAGCAAUUGAAACUUGCUUUCUCCGAGUUUUACCUCAGCUUGGUUCUUGUACAAAAUUAUCAGCAGUUGAAUGGCACCGGAUUCCGGAAAAUUCUCAAGAAGCACGAUAAACUUACCGGAAAUGAGCGUGGACUCGAUUGGAGGAUAAACAAAGUGGAGAAAAGCUCAUUUUUCCUGAAUCGGGAGAUCGAGACUCUUAUAAACAAUGUGGAAACAUCCGUGAUCAACGAGCUCGAAGGCGGUAAUCGUCAAGCUGGAAUGAAGCGCCUCAAAGUGCCUCCAUUGUCAGAAAAGCAAAAGCCUAUUACUACGUUUUCACUUGGACUUUUCAUGGGAGCAGCCUUAAUUCUCAUCACCGCCAUACUUUUGUCAUGGUGGGGAUUAGUGUCACGACCAAACGAGCCACAAUGGGUUGCUGUGCGACUCUUUCGAGGACCAUUUCUUCUGUUCCUGUCGAUUUUCAUGUGUGGUGUAAAUAUGGCCGGCUGGGCCGGAGCUGGCGUUAAUCAUGUGCUGAUUUUCGAAGUCGACCCAAGGCAUCAUCUUUCCUAUCAGAUGCUCAUGCAAAUCGCCGCCUUCAUGAUCAUGCUUUGGGCUGUGGCCGUAUUAGCUUAUCUCUACGCUCACCUCAUCCAUAUACCACCAUUUGCACCUCCACUAGCACUGAUGAUCAUCUGCUUCAUUAUCAUGUUC